GAUGAACACAGUCUGAUAUAGAGCUUCAUACAUCACUGGGCUCGUGCAUGGAGCGCGCGUGUCCGCCUGUGAUCGCGCGCUGUUACUGAUUUUACGCGUAAAAUAUAUUUCUGAUCUCGAGUGUGUCCAGAUGUUAGUCCACACCUACUCCAGCAUGGACCGCGCGGACGGACUGUCCAGCUCCUCUCCCAGCGGCCGGCUCUCGCAGCUCUCCUCGCUGAACCAGGCGGCCUAUUCCUCGGCUCCGCCUCUCUGCCACACUCCGGCGUCCGACUUCCAGCCGCCCUACUUCCCACCUCCAUACCCCCAGUCCUCGCUGUCUUAUUCCCAGAGUCAAGACACCGGAUACCCGCAUUUACCGGACCCCUAUCCGUCCAUCAACUCCCUCCACCAGCACCAGCAGGCGGCGUGGCACUCUCAGCGCUCGCGCUCCGAGGACGCGGGGCUUCUGUCGCAGUCACACCGCGCUCUGAGCUUAGAUCCGCGGCGGGAGUAUCCGGGCGUCCCGCGGCUGCUCCAUCAUGGACUGGGAGAAGGAGCCGCGGCGCUGGGGGAAGGUCCUCUGGGGAUGCACGCGAUGGCUCACCACGGACUGGACGACAUUCAGCAGGGUAUGGAGGAGGCGUCAGCGCUGGGGAUCCUGGACCAUUCAGUCAUCAAGAAAGUGCCGGUCCCAUCGAAGCUCAACGGAUCGGCGGUCUCGGCCUUGUCCCUCACUAAAGAAGGCCUGGGUCUGGGCGGCGUGUCUAACCCCGCAGAGGUCUUCUGCUCCGUCCCGGGCCGCCUGUCCCUCCUCAGCUCCACCUCCAAGUACAAGGUGACGGUGGGAGAGGUUCAGAGACGUCUGGCCCCGCCGGAGUGCCUCAACGCCUCGCUGCUCGGAGGAGUCCUGCGCAGAGCCAAGUCAAAAAACGGAGGCCGCUGUCUGCGAGAACGCCUGGAGAAGAUCGGCCUCAACCUGCCGGCCGGCCGGAGAAAGGCCGCCAACGUCACGCUCCUCACAGCGCUGGUGGAAGGUGAGGCGGUUCACCUCGCACGGGACUUCGGGUACGUCUGCGAGACCGAGUUUCCCGCCCGGGCCACAGCGGAGUAUCUGUGCCGACAGUCCGACCCGGAUCAGCUGCCCACGCGACGCAGCAUGCUGCUGGCCACCAAGGAGAUCUGCAAGGAGUUCGUGGACCUGAUGUCGCAGGACAGGUCGCCGUUGGGUGGCAGUCGCCCCACGCCCUGCCUGGAGCCCGGGGUGCAGAGCAGCCUGACCCACUUCAGCCUCCUCACCCACGGCUUCGGCACGCCCGCCAUCUGCGCCGCCCUGUCCGCCUUCCAGAGUUACUUGCUGGAGGCCCUAAAACUGCUGGAUAAAGGGGAGGGAGGAGGAAAGGGCCACCAUGACAAGGAGCUGAAGCACCGCAAAUGAACAUUCGGGCGAGAGACGCUACCUCCCUCUCUUUUAGGAGCGUACGAGUGUAUUUAUGUGUACGAAUGUGUGCGUUCACCCCGUUUCACGCCUGUACGGACCGGUUGCAUUCGUUUGGUCUCCUGAGAAAACAAAAAUGCCACGCGCUGCAUGCGGACCGCAAACUCCCUCUGGACUCAUGGGAGAUCGGGACCCUGAACCGGUCGAAAGACGGCACGGACAAUAAGGGUUGGGGUGUAAAAAGUAAUUAGGUAUUGACAAAUGAAUUUGAAAAUGUCAUUUUGUACUUCAUGUUGUAUGUUUAUUAUCAAUGUUACUGUUCUUCUUAUUGCUGUAUCGCAAUGUAAAUGUAAUAUAUUAUUAAACCAACAACUGAAAUCAA